UUCUCGCCGAGUGAGUGCGGUCUCCAGCGACAGAGCGGUGCAAUGAUAAAAGCCGCAUAUGCGGUGAGCUACACACACCUCUCAGGCAGGAAAAUACCCACGAAACAGCCUCACCCCGGUUCUCCUCGCAUCACAGCCUUACCCAACACUCUGAGCCGAACCUGAAGUGCCAGUAGAACCAUGUCCAAGCCAACGGGGGGCGGUGUGAACGAUGUCACCCGCUUACUGACAUCGGGGGUCACGGCGCCAGGGUCUCCCAAAACUACGAUCUCCGCCGCCAGCCAGGCCGACUGGGCGGCUAAGAGGCUGGUGUGGGUGCCGUCAGAGAAGAAUGGCUUUGAGUCGGCCAGUAUCCGGGAGGAGCGCGGUGAUGAGGUGGAGGUGGAGCUGACGGACAGCCAGAGGAAGGUGACUCUGUCCAGGGAGGAGGUGCAGCGAAUGAACCCCCCGCGCUUCAGCAAAGUAGAAGACAUGGCCGACCUCACCUGCCUGAACGAAGCCUCUGUGCUGCACAACCUGAGAGAGAGAUACUACUCUGGCUUGAUCUAUACAUAUUCAGGGCUCUUCUGUGUGGUGGUCAACCCUUACAAGAACCUGCCCAUCUACACAGAGUCCAUCGUGGACAUGUACCGGGGCAAAAAACGCCACGAGAUGCCCCCUCACAUCUACGCCAUAUCAGAGGCCGCCUAUCGCAGCAUGCUACAAGACAGAGAAGAUCAGGCAAUCCUCUGCACAGGCGAGUCUGGAGCUGGGAAAACAGAGAACACUAAGAAAGUCAUCCAGUAUAUGGCUCACGUUGCCUCUUCCCAUAAGGGAGGCACUCUGGGAAGAAACAAGGAAGCUGUACAGAGCAUGCAAUAUGGCGAGCUGGAGAGACAGCUGCUGCAGGCCAACCCCAUCCUGGAGGCCUUCGGCAACGCAAAGACUGUCAAGAACGACAACUCCUCUAGAUUUGGUAAAUUCAUCCGCAUUAAUUUUGAUGUGGCGGGGUACAUUGUUGGGGCCAACAUCGAAACCUACCUCCUGGAAAAGUCCCGGGCCACCCGUCAGGCCAAAGACGAGAGGACGUUCCACAUCUUUUACCAGCUUCUGUGUGGAACUUCUGAAGAGACAAAAGCGGACCUGCUUUUAGGAACUGCUGAUCAGUACCGCUUUCUCAGCGGAGGCUCCAUCCCUGUCACUGGUCAGAGCGAUGCAGACAACUUCACCCAGACCAUGGACUCCAUGGUUAUAAUGGGCUUCACCCCAGAGGAGUCGCUAUCCAUGCUGAAGGUGAUCUCCUCUGUGCUCCAGUUGGGGAACAUUUCCUUCAUGAAGGAGAAGCACCACGAUCAGGCUUCGAUGCCUGAUAACACAGCCGCUCAGAAACUGUGCCAUCUGCUGGGCAUCAACGUGCUGGAGUUCACCCGGGCCAUCCUCACUCCCAGAAUCAAAGUGGGUCGAGAGUAUGUGCAGAAGGCCCAGACCAAAGAACAGGCUGACUUUGCUGUGGAGGCCUUAGCGAAGGCUUCAUAUGAGCGUCUGUUCAGAUGGCUGGUCCACAGGAUCAACAGAGCUCUGGACCGCAGGCAGAGGCAGGGAGCCUCCUUCAUAGGUAUCCUGGAUAUCGCUGGAUUUGAGAUCUUCCAGCUGAACUCCUUUGAGCAGCUGUGCAUCAACUACACCAACGAGAAGCUGCAGCAGCUCUUCAACCACACCAUGUUCAUCCUGGAGCAGGAGGAGUACCAGCGGGAGGGCAUCGAGUGGAACUUCAUCGACUUCGGCCUUGACUUACAGCCGUGCAUUGACCUCAUCGAGAAACCAGCCCACCCGCCUGGUGUGCUGGCGCUGCUGGAUGAAGAGUGCUGGUUUCCCCGGGCAACCGACCGCUCAUUUGUGGAGAAGGUGUCCGCUGAGCAAGGCACCCAUCCGAAAUUCUUCAAACCAAAGCAACCACGCGGGGAAGCAGACUUCUCCAUCAUUCACUAUGCUGGCAAGGUGGACUACAAGGCACAUGAUUGGUUAGUGAAAAACAUGGACCCUCUGAACGACAACGUGGCGUCUCUUCUCCACCAGUCGUCUGAUCACUUUGUCUCAGAGCUUUGGAAGGAGGUGGACAGGAUCGUGAGUCUGGACCAGGUGUCGACAGGCGACAGCAGCGGGCCGGUCUCGUUCGGAGGGUCAGGCCUGAAGACGAAGAAGGGGAUGUUCAGGACCGUUGGUCAGCUGUACAAAGAGUCUCUCACAAAGCUGAUGGCCACACUGAGGAACACCAACCCCAACUUCCUCCGCUGCAUCAUCCCCAACCACGAGAAGAAGGCGGGUAAGCUGGCCCCUAACCUGGUUUUGGACCAACUGAGGUGUAAUGGAGUUCUGGAGGGGAUCCGUAUCUGCAGACAAGGCUUCCCUAACCGCAUCCCAUUCCAGGAGUUCAGACAGAGAUAUGAGAUCCUGACUCCUAAUGCUAUUCCUCGCACCUUCAUGGAUGGCAAACAGGCAUCAGAGCUCAUGAUCAAAGCGUUGGAGCUGGAUCUCAACCUGUUCAGGGUCGGUCAGAGUAAAGUCUUCUUCAGAGCUGGAGUCCUGGCUCAUCUGGAGGAAGAGAGAGACCUGAAGAUCACAGACACCAUCAUUCGCUUCCAGAGCGCCUCCAGAGGCUACCUCGCUCGCAAAGCCUUCACGAAGAAGCAGCAGCAGAUGAGCGCUCUGAGGGUGAUGCAGAGGAACUGUGCCGCUUACCUCAAACUCAGGAACUGGCAGUGGUGGCGGCUAUUCACCAAGGUGAAGCCCCUGCUGCAGGUGACCCGGCAGGAUGAGGAGAUCCAGGUCAGGGAGGCGGACCUCCAGAAGGCCAAGGAUCACGUCACCCGAGUGGAGCAGGACUACACAGACCUGGACAAGAAACACGCUCAGCUGAUCGAGGAGAAGUCUGUGCUGGCUGACCAGCUGCAGGCCGAGGCGGAGCUGUUUGCGGAGGCGGAGGAGAUGAGGGCGCGGUUGGCCAGUCGGAAACAGGAGCUGGAGGAGGUGCUGAGCGAGAUGGAGACUCGAUUGGAGGAAGAGGAGGAGAGAGGCACGCAGUUGACCAAUGAGAAGAAGAGGAUGCAGCAGAAUGUUCAGGACCUGGAGGAGCAGUUAGAGGAGGAGGAAAGUGCACGACAGCGCCUCCUGCUGGAGAAGGUUACCUUGGAGACCAAAGUGAAGAGUCUUGAAACGGACCUGAUGACUGCAGUGGAGCAGAGAGACCGACUCAGCAAGGAGAAGAAACAGUUUGAAGAGCGUCUGAGUGAGGUGACCGAUCAGCUGACUGAGGAAGAGGAGAAAACUAAAAGUCUGAACAAACUUAAGAACAAACAGGAGGCCGUCAUCGCUGACCUGGAGGAGCGCCUGAAGCGUGAGGAGCAGGGUCGCUUGGAGCAGGAGAAGUUUAAGAGGAGGAUGGAGAACGACUCGGUGGAAGCCCAGGAGCAGCUCUCCGACCUGGGCAUGCUGUCCGCCGAGCUGAGGGGCAGUCUGGCUCAGAAGGAGAAGGAGAUCACCACCCUGCAGGGCCGGUUGGAGGAAGAAGGAGCUCGUCGUGCUGAAGCUCAGAGGUCGCUGAGAGAGGCCAUGUCCCAGGUGUCUGAGCUGAAGGAGGAAGUGGAGAAUGAGCGAGGGAUGAGGGAGCGGGCGGAGAAACAGAGGAGAGAUUUAGGGGAGGAGCUGGAGGCUUUGAGAACCGAGCUGGAGGACACACUGGACACCACAGCUGCCCAGCAAGAGCUCAGGUCUCGUCGGGAGGCGGAGUUAAAUGAUCUCCAGCGGUGUGUGGAAGACGGGGCUCGCCGCCACGAGGGCCAGCUCUCAGAACUCCGAGUCAAACACAGCGGUGCCAUAGACAACCUUCAGGAACAGCUGGACAACAGCAAGAGAGCACGUCAGUCCUUCGAGAAGGCCAAAUCAGUGCUGGAGGAAGAGAGGCUGAAUUUGAGCUCGGAACUUAAGAGCCUCCAAGCGAGCCGCACGGAGAGCGAGAGAGGUCGUAAGAGGGCCGAGGGUCAGCUGCAGGAGGUCAGCGCCCGCCUGGCUCAGGCCGACAGAGAGCGGGACGAGAAGGAAGAGAAAGUGCACAAGCUGCAGUGUGAGCUUGAGACUCUCGGCGGCAGUGUGUCCUCCUCUGACACCAAAUCCCUUCGGCUGGCCAAAGAGGUCAGCAGCCUGGAGAGCCAGCUGAAUGACGCAAAGGAACAACUGCAGGAUGAAAGUCGUCAAAAGAUGGCUCACGGCUCGAGGGUACGAGCGCUGGAGGAAGAAAAGAACGGACUGAUGGAGAGACAGGAGGAAGAGGAGGAGAGAGCCAAAGAGUUAGCCCGGCAGAUUCAGACCCAUGCCCAGCAGCUGGCAGAGCUCCGUAAGCAGUCGGAGGAGGUGAACACGGCCGUGGAAGCCGGAGAGGAGACGCGCAGGAAACUCCAGAGAGAGCUGGACAGCGCCGUCGCAAAGGAGCGGCAGAAGGAGGAGGAGAAGGAGAGGGUGGAGCGGCAGAGGGAGCGACUGAGGGAGGAGAUCGAGGACAUGACCCUCGCCCUGCAGAGAGAGAGGCAGAACUGCACGGCCCUGGAGAAGAGGCAGAAGAAGUUUGACCAGUGUCUGGCCGAGGAGAAGGCGGUGAGCGCUCGGCUAGCAGAGGAAAAGGACCGAGCAGAAGCAGACAGCCGAGAGAAAGAGACCAGACACAUGGCACUUUCCCGGGCCCUGCAGGAGGCCCAGGAAGGAAAGGAAGAGCUAGAGAGGGCCAACAAGCAGCUCCGUCUGGACAUGGAACAGCUUGUUAACCAGCAGGACGACGUCGGCAAGAGUGUCCAUGAACUGGAGCGCAGCCGCAGGAGCUUAGAAGCUGAAGCUCAGAACCUGCGAAUUCAGACGCAGGAGCUGGACGAGGAGCUGACGGAGGCAGAGAACUCCAGGCUGAGGCUGGAGGUCAACCUGCAGGCGCUCAAGGCCCAGUUUGAGAGGGAGAUCGGCACCAACGAGGAGAAGGGAGAGGAGAAGAGGAGGGCACUGAGCAAACAGGUGAGGGAGCUGGAGAUCCAGCUGGAGGAGGAGAGGAGUCAGAGGUCUCAGGCUGUGUUGUCCAAGAAGCAGCUGGAAGCAGAGCUGCAGGAUGCGGAGGCCACGGUAGAGACCACCACCCGCGGAAAAGAGGACGCUACGAAGCAGCUACGGAGGCUGCAGGGUCAAUUGAAGGAAGUUCUGCGCGAGCUAGAUGAGAGCAAGUUGUCCCGGGAAGAGGUGAUGGCUCAGUCCAAGGACAACGAAAAGAGGAUCCAAACUCUGGAAGCAGAGGUCCUGCAGUUCUCUGAGGAGCUCUCUGUAUCAGACAGGCAGAAGAGACAGGCUCAGCAGGAGAGAGACGAGAUGGCCGAUGAGAUGGUCAACAGCAGCUCUGGAAAGAAUUUGCUGUUUGAAGAGAAGCGGAGGUUAGACGCACGAGUCAGUCAGCUGGAGGAGGAGCUGGAGGAGGAGCAGAGUAACGCUGAGCUGAUGUCAGAGAGACAGAGGAAGAAUGCUCUACAGGUGGAGACUAUGACGGUGCAGCUGCAGGGAGAGAGGACUCUGGCCCAGAAAGCAGAGGCGGCUCGGGAGCAGCUGGAGAGGCAGAACAAGGAGCUGAAGAGCCGGCUGGGGGAGAUGGAGGGAGCCGUGAGGGGGAAACACAGACUCGGCCAAGCCGCCCUGGAGGCCAAGAUCGACUCCAUGGAGGAGCAGCUGGAGCAGGAGAGACAGGAACGAGCCAUUGCCAACAAACUGGUGCGAAAGACAGAGAAGAAACUGAAGGAGGUGAUGAUGCAGUCGGAGGACGAGAGGAGACAUGCAGACCAGUACAGAGAACAGGUGGAUAAAUCGAUGGUCCGCCUGAAGCAGCUGAAGAGGCAGCUGGAGGAGGUGGAGGAGGACAACUCUCGCUCCAACGCCCAGAAGAGGAAGCUGCAGAGAGAGCUGGAGGAGCUCACAGACGCCAGUCAGAGCAUGGCGCGAGAGAUCACCACUCUACGCAGCCAGCUAAGCCUUCCUGAAUGGAGACCAGAGCAGCGUGCUCCGUUGCCCCUGGCGAUGCGUGGACGCAGAGCGCUGGUGGACGACCUCUCGUUGGAGAACUCUGACUCUGAGGAGCCUCCAGCCUCUCCGACCCCCUCCUCUGGACCCCCGGGGACCCCGACUCCCUCCUCUGAACACAGCAUGGACCCCCCACCGCCCUACAGCAUCAACAAUGCAGAGUGACGCACCCAUAGACUCAGUUACACAUAGUACACACACACACACACACACAUACACACACACACACACACACAUUGGCCUCUCACAGCCUCGACUACUCAGGGGUGAAGGAGUGACACGCACAUGACAACACUAGUUUAUAAAAGUACAUUUAUGAUGAAUACAUCAGGCGCUAUAUCUGUACAACAACCUCACUAAAAAGAAAGUCUGAAAUGAGAUUUUACAAAGAGGCAACUGGAGUUCAUUUUGAUUUUGUAACAGACUGUGACGUAAAGAAACAACAUAACAAAGACUGGAAGUUUCUACAUUACAUCUCUGUAAAGCACUUCUGAGAAACAAAACUAUAUUUCCCAGAGUUCCAAGGGGAAAUUACUAUCAAAUAACUUCUUAAUGCUGUACAGUAAUUAGCAGAAAACAUUAUGGUGGUCUUUUACAUGAGGGGGUAUUUAAAAGAUAAACCAUGACCAAACCUUUUGAUAAGGAUUAUAUAUAUAUGUAUAUGUAUAUGUAUAUGUAUAUAUAUAUAUAUAUAUAUAUAUAUAUAUAUAUAUAUAAAUAAUCUGAUGUCAUACAGGGCUGCUGGAGGGUGAUGAUACAAUCUGUAUAUGUGUUACAAAAAGUCAACAAGAUAAGUCGUGUACACACAUUUUAAUAUGACGGUUUUAAAAAAACAUUAAAUUAGUAACUUGAGAUAAUCUGGAAAACAGUUUGGGCUGGAAAAACAAUGGCUGACUUUUUGGGUGAGUUAGCAAAAGAGAAAUAGCAUAGUAACUAUUAUUUAAUUCAACUUUUAUUGUAAAUGGUUGAUCAGAAACUGGGGAGAAGUUCCAUCUCAUAUAAUCUAAUACUCAUAUCAUUUGUCAGAAUUGUAAAAAUGCAAACAUUUGACCAUAAAAAGCUGCAUCAAAGUUUUAAUAAAUAAAUAAAUCUUCUUUCUGUAGAUUAGAAACACUAGGUCGUUAGGCAAAGGAGUAGGUAGUAUUGGUUUCUUUAACUAAAAAUCUUAACAUAUUGCUUCAGAAAUGAGAAUUUAUAUAAUUUAUAUCCAAAUGUAAAUUUAAGUUAUUUGACGGCUGGUUAUUUUCUGUACGACUGUUCGUGUUGUGAGGAACUUAGUCUGAUCAUUACGCUCCUGCUGCAGUCUGCUUUACAGCAUCGGCUCUCAGCUGUGAAUUUGCAUGAGAGAGCUUCCUGGUGGAGAACUGGUUUCCCUGGUUUAGGCCGUUUCUGGUGUAUAAAAUAAAAAUGUAUGGGUUGUCUACCACAGCGACAUAACUAGGAAUAACCUGUGGAGAACUGUAUUGGUGGAUUUUUUUUUUUUAUCCAAAGCAGAACAAAUUGUGACAUGGAUCUUUCUUUCUUUUUUUUUUUAUCUUUUAGACUGAUGAACACAUCUCAUUUUAUUUUGACAAGCAUCUUGUACAUUGUAACUUUGAUUUUCACUGAUUAUCUGUGUAAAUUAUCGAUCAGACAAAGCUUUUGUGUUUAACCAAAUGGUGGGCGUAUGGAUGAGAAAAAGGGACUUAAAUAGGUAGUAAUGUAGAAUAGCUGUAGAGUAGAUGAGAGGGUGGAGGCUGGGGAGGUUUUCUACUUUUCCUCAGAACAAACUCAGUCUCUGCUCACAGUUCCUGUGCAGAGUAACUGAGCAUGAGACUCGAGCCUUUUCCAAUACUUAGUAUUAGAUUAAAAAAUGACAAUGGAGGCACUGAGGAAUGAAUUUUUACGAAAUGCAAGUUGAACAAAAAGUAGAAUUUCUUUUUUACCCUGACCAUUGACUCAAAUUGACCCACGUGUGUGUGGUGUCUUCCAGACAGGAGCAGCUUGAGGACCCUGCUGUGAAACAGAUAUUGUUUUUGUGAAACCUGGAUUCAAAUACGUGUUUUCCUUUUGAUAAAACAUUUCCAUUUUCCUCAGUAUGUUUUAUUUAUUGUUUAACAGGUGGAUUAAUGGGCCUAUUUUAAUUGUAUUGACCUUUAUUUGCCACCUGUUUGCCUGUCACAGCUCUAAGGCUGUCCAGAAUCAAAUGUAAUGUCUAGAUUUGUGACUUGGACACAAGUUACAAUGUUUUAAAUAUAUCAUUUAACAUUUUGGGAAAUAAGCUUUCUUGCGGAUAGUAGGACGGGAAUGUUUGAAACCACUUUAAGGUCUGUACAAUAAAGAUAUAGCGACAGCAAGCAACUGGUUAGCUUAGCUUAGCAACAAGCCUGAUAACAUGGGUAAACAGCUAGCCUGGUUCGGACUAGCAGUAACUAAUCCACCUACAGCAUCUCUAAAGGUCACUAAUUAGCAUGUAUAUCUAUGUUCAAAAAGUAUGUAAGCAGGGGCUCCAGGAAGUCACUGCGCACGGCCAAAAAAUAUUCCAGCAUUUGACCGAAAAAUGUAAACGCAGCUUGUUGCUUAAAACACCUUGUUUUCUUUAAUCCAACAGGAUAUAACAUGACAACUGAGAUUUAGAGAUGCUGGUAGGUGUGAUUUGUUUAACUCAGGCAGAGCUAGCUAACUGUAGCUUAGUGUGCUAAGCUAAUUUUAAAAGUAACUGGCUGUAGUUUCAUAGUUUUCAAACAGACAUGGGAAUGACAAUGAUCUUCUGUUCUUACUCGUAAAGAAACCUAUUUCCCAAAAACGUGAAACCAUUCCUUUAAAUUAUAAAGAAUGUAACUGGUGGUUUGACUAUUAAUUGGCGCUAAAGAAAGAUAAAGAUAAAUCCCAAAUGUUGCUCUGUACGUUUUCUUUGCUUUCUGGUUGUUACACUCGAUGGCAAAGGACUAAUGAUCCUGAUGGUGUUGACCGUGCAGUCGUUUUCGGUAAUCAGGGUUGUCAUCACUGCUCCCUUCCUCUUGUUUUAAAUAAACAAGUGUUUAUGUUAAUUAAACCACAAUGCAAAGCUAACACCUGCAUAUCGAGAACAAUAAGCGCGUAUAGGGCCAACGUCCUCGUAUCCAUCAGACAUGUAAGGCAUUUUUUAUUGUUUUGCCUUGCCAGGUUCACCUUGCUUCACAGUUAGUGAGAGCCGAGGUGAAGAAAGAUCAAGAAAGAGUUUGAGUACUGACGACAUAUAUUUAAGCCCUAUUAAAGGGUUUCAUUUUGUACAAUGUUAUUUUAGCAAUAUGCAAUUGAUUUAGGUUGACGCUGUGUUUUUUAUUUUAAGAUAUUGUGUAAACGCUGCACUUUACACAUUACAGAACAUCAUGUCUGCUGUCCGGUUGUAAUUUAAAGAGGGCGACAUUAACCAUAAAGCCAAAUGAGCUGACAUCACGUGUCAAAGACGACGCAAUCUGUCACUCUGAACUGUUCAUUUAAACGUCGUAAUCUCAGAAUGUCGUUCCAACGUCUAAACGUGGCGCCGUCGCUCGCGCCUUGAUAGACCGCAAUCUGAAGACAUUGAACUGUCCGCCUGUAGCAAGAGACGAGGCCGGUGCUUCUCUAGGUGUUGUUUUUCUCUCUGUGUUUCCUUAUGGCUACUGUGGAACUUGAAACAUUUUGGGAAAAAUUUGUUUUAUUGUUUUAGCCUUUUUUUGUUUAUGAUGCUGUAAUUAUAAAACAUCUGACUGGGUUAACUUUAA